AUCCUGCGCGCGCGGGACGGAAGGCCAAGUGCGUGCGAAAGCGGCUCCGGGGGAUAACGGGCCAGUGAGGGCCGCUCCUCUUUUGAUGCGGGCUUACGUCUCUUUCUGCCAGUGGCGUCAGCGCUACGCAGGGGCGGGUCGCGGUGGCGCAAGGCGGCGCAGGGCGGGAAGGGAAGUCGUGGCGGCGGCGGCGGCAGGGACGGCAGCGGCGGCGGGGGCAGCGGGAGCGCCGGUGCUGUCAGCCAGGCCGUCGGAGAGAUGGGCGAGCCCGGGUCGGAGACAAUCGAAUCUGUCCCUCCAGCUGGGCCUGUGGCAUCUACAACGGAUGAAAACGAAGAUGACAUUCAGUUUGUCAGUGAAGGACCAUUAAGACCUGUUCUUGAAUACAUUGAUCUGGUCAGCAGUGAUGAUGAAGAGCCUAGCACCUCUCAUAGUGAUGAGAAUGUUAAACGUAAAGACCAUAUUGAUCAUCAGAAGGAUAAAGUUGCUUUAACUCUGGCUCGUCUAGCCCGCCAUGUUGAAGUGGAGAAACAGCAGAAAGAAGAAAAGAAUAGAGCAUUCAGAGAAAAAAUUGAUUUUCAGCAUGCUCAUGGCUUGCAAGAAUUGGAAUUUAUUCGAGGACAUUCUGAUACAGAAGCAGCAAGACUGUGUGUGGACCAGUGGCUGAAAAUGCCAGGACUCAAAACAGGCACAAUUAAUUCUGGAACAAAAAGUUCAUUUCGAAGAGGAAGCCAAACACGGGUGCCUGGGAAACCCAUUUCAUGUCCCAUAAUGCACUGUAACAAGGAAUUUGACAAUGGGCAUCUUCUCUUAGGACAUUUGAAAAGGUUUGAUCACUCUCCAUGUGAUCCAACAAUUACACUACAAGGACCUCUCAUCAGUUCCUUUGCUUGUGUAGUAUGUUAUAAAAAAUUUGUUACUCAGCAGCAAUAUAAGGAUCACCUUUGUGCAAAGGAAGCCACAGAUGAUGGACAUAACAACACCCUUCUUCCACAAAUUAUUCAGUGUUUUGCGUGUCCAAAUUGUUUCCUUCUUUUUAGAAGCAAGGAUGAGUGUUUGAAGCAUAUGUCUGGAAAAAAUCAUUUCCAUCAGAGUUUUAAACUGGGUGAUGAAAAGAGAAUAGCACAUCCAAUAUCAUUUCCAUCUUUUGCAAAGAAACUUUUGAUCUCUCUGUGCAAAGAUGUUCCAUUUCAAGUCAAAUGUGUGGCUUGCCACCAGACACUGCGCUCUCACAUGGAGCUCACUGCCCACUUCAGAGUUCGUUGUCGAAAUGCCGGUCCUGUAGCUGUAGCUGAGAAGAGCAUUACCCAGGUUGCAGAGAAAUUCAUAUUAAGAGGUUAUUGUCCAGAUUGCAACCAAGUCUUUGCAGAUGAAACCAGUACCCGAAAUCAUAAGCAGAAUUCAGGACACAAAAUCCGAGUCAUUAACUCAGUGGAAGAAUCGGUCUUACUUUACUGCCACAGCAGCGAAGGGAACAAACAUCCUUCUGACGUGUAUUUAGAUCAUUCAAAAUUUUCAUCACUUAAAAGAACUAUGUCGGUUAAAGAAUCUAGCUCACAGGAUUGCAGUGCCAUUCCAAAAAAGAAGAUGAAUUUAGAAGAUAAAGGCCAUGAAGGUGUCGUUUGUGUCCAGAAAGAAAAGUCAGUAGUUAAAACUUGGUUCUGUGAAUGCAGUCAACGAUUCCUAAGUGAAGAUGCGGUGGAAAAACACGUUUUCUCAGCAAACACGAUGUGUUUUAAGUGUGUGGUCUGUGGGAAGGUAUGUGAAGACUCAGGGGUCAUUCGUUUACACAUGAGCCGGAUUCAUGGAGGGGCACAUUUAAAUAACUUCCUUUUCUGGUGUCGGACAUGCAAAAAGGAGUUAACAAGGAAAGAUACUAUCAUGGCACAUGUGACUGAAUUUCAUAAUGGACACAGAUAUUUUUAUGAGAUGGAUGAGGCAGAAGGUGAAACUUUGCCAUCGUCCUCUACAACAUUGGUGAGUAAUUUGACUGCUAACAAACCUUCCUCAACUAUUACUAUUAUUGACCAUUCCCCAGCAAACAGUCCUCCAAGGGGCAAGUGGCAAUGCCGAAUUUGUGAAGAUAUGUUUGAUUCCCAAGAAUAUGUGAAACAGCACUGCAUGUCUUUGGCAAGUCACAAGUUUCAUAGAUACAGCUGUGCACACUGCAGAAAGACUUUUCAUAAGAUAGAAACAUUAUACCGACAUUGUCAAGAUGAGCAUGACAAUGAGAUAAAGGUUAAAUACUUCUGUGGACUUUGUGAUCUUAUCUUUAAUGUGGAAGAAGCAUUUUUGAGUCAUUAUAAGGAGCACCACAGCAUAGAUUAUGUGUUUGUGUCAGAAAAAACUGAAAUUUCAAUUAAAACUGAGGAUGAUUUUCCAGUAAUAGAGACCAGUAACCAGUUAACCUGUGGUUGCCAUGAGAGUUACAUCUGUAAAGUCAACAGAAAGGAAGAUUAUAGUAGAUGUCUCCAAAUCAUGCUGGAUAAAGGUAAACUGUGGUUUCGCUGCAGUUUGUGUUCAGCAACAGCGCAGAAUUUAGCUGACAUGAGCACUCAUAUCCAUCAAGCGCACAAAGAAAAGAGUGGCGGGGAGGAGCAGCAGUAUGUCAUCAAGUGCGGCACCUGCACCAAAGCAUUCCAUGAUCCUGAGAGUGCACAGCAGCACUUCCACAGAAAACAUUGCUUCUUACAGAGACCCAGUGUGGCUCAGUUUGGAUCUGAAAAAUCAAGCCUGUACAAGUUUACUGCCAGUGUACGUACAGAGAGAAAACUGAAACAGGCAGUAAACCACUCCAAAAAUGUAGAGAUGGAAAAAGGAGCUGAGAAUGACCUAAGCUGUCAGAAUAUAGAGGAAGAAAUUGUUGAGCUUCCAGAUUUGGAUUACCUGCGAACCAUGACUCAUAUAGUUUUUGUAGAUUUUGAUAACUGGUCAAACUUUUUUGGUCAUCUACCAGGGCAUCUAAACCAAGGAACAUUUAUUUGGGGCUUUCAAGGAGGAAAUACCAAUUGGAAGCCUCCACUCAACUGUAAGAUUUAUAAUUACCUGAACAGGAUUGGAUGCUUCUUCCUUCAUCCUCGCUGUAGUAAAAGAAAAGAUGCUGCUGAUUUUGCCAUAUGUAUGCAUGCUGGCCGUCUAGAUGAACAACUCCCCAAGCAAAUUCCUUUCACCAUCCUCUCAGGAGAUCAAGGUUUUCUGGAGCUAGAGAAUCAAUUUAAGAAGACUCAGAGGCCAGCUCAUAUACUAAAUCCUCACCAUUUAGAGGGAGAUAUGAUGUGUGCCUUGUUAAAUAGCAUAUCUGAUACCACCAAAGAAUGUGACAGUGAUGAUAACAUGAGUUCAAAAAGUACUUCAGUAGAAGAAUUCAGAUCCACAGAAGAUGUGGAAUUAGAAGAAGCUAUUAGAAGAAGUCUUGAGGAAAUGUAAUUAAAGAUAUUACCACACAACAGCAAGUGACCUUGAAGAGACUCAGGAUAAAGAAUUAUUGAGUUUGUUUUCUAAAGGGGACCAGAAAUCCACUAGUCAAAAUGUAUUUGAAAACAUGUUUUUGCUUUCAUAUGUUCAAAAUAGAGUAUUUACUUUGUAUUUUUGUGCUAUUGUGCAAAAGUGUACAGAGGGAAUAGAAUACAUACUAAUGCAAAUAUAAAUCGUGUAUUCCAAUAGAAGUGUCACAGUUUCCUAGUUAACUUUGAAUUCAUAUAUUUAGGUUAAAAAAGAUUUUUAAAAAAAGAAAAAAGAAAAGCUCUUAAAGGUUGUUUCUGUUUCCCAAAUAGCAUUAGUUCCUUAAUUUUAUUUGUAAUGUCCAGAUGAUUCUACUUUAUUUUUUUAGGAGUGAAAUGAAUAUAAAUAAAGCUGCCAUGGGUCAAUUUUUUCAUAAAUUCUACUUCUCAUGUGGCACUAUUAUAUAAUAUCCUUGAGGUCUUUGUUUAUGAUGAUUAGAGGAGGGUAACGGAAAUAGAUGACAAAUUUUACAGUGAUGUUCUUUGUGGGUAUCACAGAAAUGUAUAUUCUUGCUUUACAGCAGCACAUUACUAAAAAAAAACCUUAAUUUUUUAAAAAAAUAAUUAAAAUGAAACCUUUUCCAUUCCUUUUAUCUGCUUAAACUUUUAUGCGACUUGUAUGAUCUCCUGUUUAAAGGGAAUAAUGUCAAACUACUUGCAUAAAAUUAAACUUAUUUUCAAUAAUAGUCCUUUUUUAUAUAUUUGUGUAAACAUAAUAUUCUUCAGAAAAUAAUGUUGAAGGUCUACUCAGGAAUAAUCUUCCUUAACUCUUUAAAAUUUUUAUUUGAUAUGCAGUAUCUUCAAUUUCACUAUUCAUUGAAUUGUCAGUUUCUUACAUUUGAUAUUACAUAUUUAAUUCUUAAAUAUUGAGGUCCUCUUGUGAAUCAUAGAAAGUACUACAUAAGUAGAAGGCCAAGAAGGGCUUGCCAUACUAUCUUUGUGUAUAUACUUCAUGUUAUUUGACCAGAAAUGUCUUAUCCCUAAAAAUUUUGAGUAGUAAUUAUUUCCCAAAUUUAAAAAUAUUUCUAUAAAUGUAAAGCUUUUUUUUAUAUUUAAGACAAAAAGGUAUCAUGGCUAGAAUUGUGUUCCUUCUCUGAAACACUAGAUAUUUCGGUGUGAAAUGGAAUUACUUGGUUUUUUUUUAUGACUGUAGUUUGUCAGUCCACAUUAGAUACCAAUUUGUGUUUUUUUCCUUCAGCUGUCACUUGUGUUCCUCUCUGCUUGCAUUUUUUAAAAAGUAGACACUUUUAAGUUGGCUUGAGAAUUUGCCAAUCAUCUUUCCAAAGUGACUACAUUGUGCUUUUACUUUUUAUGUUAAAGUGGUCAAGCAAGGUUUUAGAAGGUGGUCAUUGAGCGGUAACUUACACACCACUGCAGGGCUCACUAAGUAAUGAGGAGCAGAAAGGGCAUUCUGCAAGGUGGUUAAGCAGAUGUGGGGCAAGAGGAGAUAGCAGCCUUUUGCCUGAGUCCACACACAGGUGUGAUGUGCACUGACUCUGUAUGAAGAAGCUUUUGUGGUGUGUGUGGUGGAGAAUAACUGAAGCUUUUGAUAUGACAAGAAAGAGAUAAUUCAUCAUGACACAUAAGAAAAGGUAAUUGGGUUGCUGAGUGUUUUAAUUAAUAAUUGUCACUGAUUAUAUUUCUACUUGUUAAAUAAUUAUAAAAAUUAUUUCAUAAUUUCACCUUAGACAUGAGGAGAUGUAAUCACUGUAUGACAUUAGAGAAAGUUAUAUGGAUGUUAUCAAAAGUAAAUGUUCUAACAUUGACAAAAA